AUGCUUGCGGAACUUGUAUCUGUCCGGUUGCUUUUUGUGCUCGCAGCCAUUGUGCUCUGCUCCAUUGUGGUGGGCGAGGGUCGGAGGUCGAACUCUAGAUUUACCAACCUCAUGUGUGAGUCACACGAUGAGUCCUUUGCGAAGGUAUCGAAAUGCAAACUGAAGCUCCUCGCUAGGGGACGCGUUGGGAUCAACAUACACCUCAAUAUGCUAAAAUUGCCCAUCACAAAUGUAUGGAUGAAUUGGAGCAUCGAUCGGCGCUAUAAUGGCUGGCGUCCAUUUCUCUACAACGUCAGCAAGGAUUUCUGUCAGCUAAUGGCCAAUGUGAAUGAUUUGUCCUUCGAAGGGCUUGUCAUCAAUGCUAUUAUGUCUCGGUCAAAUGUAAAUCACACUUGUCCAUACAAUCAUGACGUCAUAAUGGAUAACUUGGAAUUUACAGACGAUUUACUGAAAACUUUGCCACUUCCUAAGGGUGACUAUAGGAUCCAAUUGCGAUUUGCCACCAACAAAGUUUGGAAACUGAAAGUGUCUGUGUUUUUCGCUAGAGAUGAACAAUAAAUGUAGCAGAUAGGUACGAAAGUUUUCAAAGCUACAAUAAAAGCAAUGGGCCAACAAUAGUCGGCUCAU